GAGUCUUAUAAGUUCGGGCUCGAGCCGACGCCUCGUCACUGCGAAUAAAUAGUAAAACCGAGGACUUUCCGUGAUCAUUAUCGAAAUUAGUAUCAGAAAGGCAGCACGCCUUACCGCCCCUUCGAAAUAUUGACAUUUUUAGUCAUCUGUGAUAUAACGAUACAGCGGUAUCCUGUUAUUCAAUUUUAGGUUAAAAGUCUCAUGUGAUGAUCAGUGCAACAUUUUAAAAGUUUAAAUAUUGUGCGCGCUUGUGUCUCGUGACCGGUAUUUGGACUGAACUUAUAGAAAAAUGGAGUCUCCGGUGAUGGCUUAUGCUUACGAUAUAACGCCGAAUUACUCUUACAUUUUCGAAUUCGAGAACGAAUUUAUCCAUACCGACUAUCGGAAAUGGAUGACGGAAAAUUGGACUGUGGCGUUCUAUUACGUAGGGGUGUACAUGGCGUUCAUUUUCGGCGGUCAAUACUACAUGCAGAACCGACCCAGAUUCGAGUUACGGCGGACGUUAAUGAUAUGGAAUUGUUCAUUAGCAGCAUUUAGCAUCAUGGGCGCCUGUCGGACGCUGCCAGAAUUCAUUCACGUAUUACGGAACUAUGGAAUCUAUCACUCUAUUUGUGUGCCAAGUUUCAUCGAACAAGACAAAGUGUCCGGCUUCUGGACAUGGAUGUUCGUGUUAUCGAAGUUGCCGGAGUUAGGCGACACCGUAUUCAUAGUUCUACGUAAGAAGCCCCUCAUCUUCCUGCACUGGUACCAUCACAUCACCGUCCUGCUGUACACCUGGUACUCCUUCACGGAGUACACGUCCUCGGCACGUUGGUUCGUUGUCAUGAACUACUGCGUCCAUAGUGUAAUGUACUCGUACUACGCGCUCGUCAGCAUGGGCAAGUACCCGCCGAAGAUGCUCGCCAUGACCAUCACGGUGCUGCAGCUGACGCAGAUGAUCGUGGGCUGCGCCAUCAACGUGUGGGCGCACAACUACAUGGCCACCACCACCACCCCCACCAGCUGCCACAUCAGCCAGAUCAACAUCAAGCUCUCCAUGGCCAUGUACUUCUCGUACUUCGUCCUCUUCGCACAGUUCUUCUACAAAGCCUACCUCUCCCCCAAAACUGGCAAGAAGGCCAAGACCGAGCCCAUCCCCGACGUGCCCGUCAGCAAGAAAGUCAACUACAACAAUGGUUACCCGCGACAAAGGAACGGCGUUGUCGCGCACUAGUCGCGUCACCUUGUGAUAUGUGCUAGUUUUAUUGUACAGGUUAUGGCUGUUAUUUGGUUGGUCACGAUUGGGCGCGACUACCGGACACCUAUGCUCUCCCGUUCUGCCAAACGGGAGGCCAAAACGUUGCCACUACCUUCAUCCAGUGUCCGAUAUCCUCGCAUCUACUUAGUUGUCAUCAAAUCCUACUUAACACUUGCGUAAUCCGUAGUUGUACCGGCAGUGGUGUGCAGUCGUGGCCAGCCGACGCUAGAGAGGUCGCCUCGUGUUACAUUCCACGCUAGAUCGACUGUUUGCUUCCGGCCGAGGCAUGGCUCUUGUUAUAACUGGCUGUAUCUGGCGACUGACCGAAUCAAACCUCACACGAGUAACGUAGGUUUAACUAAUGAGUUAUAUUUGAAAACCUUGAUGCCAGA